CAGCUCUUCGGUUUGGGCUCAGUGGCCCAGGUGGUUCUGGGUAAGAAGGAAUACGGACAAUACCUCAGCAUUAACCUGUCCUUUGGAAUUGGUGUCACGAUGGGUAUCCAUGUGGCUGGGGGGGUCACUGGAGCUCACAUGAACUGUGCCGUGUCAUUGACAAACUGCGUCCUAGGGAAACUUCCGUGGAAGAAACUUCCCCUUUACAUGUUGUCCCAGAUCACUGGAUCCUUCCUGGCCGCCGCGGUGGUGUUCUGCCUAUACUAUGAGGCCCUACACAACUACUGCGGGGGGAACUUCACCGUAACCGGGGAUUUGGAAACUGCCAGUAUAUUUGCCACCUACCCACAACCAUACCUGACCAUAGGGGGUGGAUUCCUGGACCAGGUGGUGGGAACAGCCGCACUUUUGUUAUGUAUCUUGGCCAUAAAUGAUAAGAAGAACAGCCCGGCCCUUGGAGGUACGCAGGCCGUGGUAAUCGGGCUCCUGGUCACUGUUAUUGGAAUGUCUAUGGGCAUGAAUUCCGGAUACGCCAUCAACCCCGCCAGAGACAUUGGGCCUCGCCUCUUCACCGCCGGUGCAGGGUGGGGGCUGGAAGUCUUCAGGGCUGGAAACUACUGGUGCUGGAUACCGAUUGUGGCCCCUUUCGUGGGUGGUCUGACCGGAGCCUUCCUGUACAAGCUGCUAGUGGGACUUCACCUUCAGACGGACCAGGAAGAGAAAAAGUUACAAGAUAUGGAAAAGGGAAACACAGAGAUGGUGAACUGUGAAUACAUGUAA